GGUCACAGUGUCGACGCCAUUUUACGGAGACGGUUCGCGUUUUUUUUUUUGUGACGCAGCGUUCUAAUAAAUUCGCGAAGAAAAGUGUGUGCGUGAAAAUAAACGGGUAAAGGUUUUCGGCAAAACAAAGUGUAAGAAUGUCGCAACGCUUUGCGCCGGGCCAAGCGCCAGUGCAAUCGCGCUACCAGCCACCGCCACAAGCUCCCGGCAUGCGUCCCUAUCCGCCAGGCACCGGCGCCACUUUCCCGCCUCGCGGCUUUCCGCUGCAUCCGAACACAACGCAACCAGUGCCGGGCAGUGCUGCCGCACCCGUUGGUCCCGGCCCCUCGCUACUACAGCGCGCCUCGCAGCCCACCUUCCAAAGCGGACUGCGCGGCAGUGGCUCUGCAGGUGCUGGCGGUGGAGGCGGCGGCGGUGGUAGCAAACGUUCUGCCGAAGCGCGCAGCGGCCUCAAUAGCGCUGCCGGCGGUGGCCCCAACAAAGCGGGCGACUUUGUGCCAGGCGCCAAGAAGAAGAAGAAGCUGGCUGACAAAAUAUUGCCACAAAAGGUGCGGGACUUGGUUCCAGAAUCGCAAGCCUAUAUGGAUCUGUUGACAUUCGAACGCAAGCUGGAUGCAACGAUAAUGCGCAAACGUCUCGAUAUACAGGAGGCGCUUAAGCGUCCGAUGAAACAGAAACGCAAACUGCGCAUUUUCAUUUCGAAUACAUUCUAUCCGAGCAAGGAGCCCAGCAAUGAUGGCGAUGAGGGCGCCGUCGCCUCGUGGGAAUUGCGUGUGGAGGGACGUCUGCUGGAGGAUGGCAAGGGGGAUCCCAAUACAAAGGGGAAGCGCAAGUUUUCGUCGUUCUUCAAGUCGCUGGUCAUCGAGUUGGACAAAGAGUUGUAUGGGCCCGAUAAUCAUCUAGUUGAAUGGCAUCGCACGCUGACCACACAGGAGACGGAUGGAUUUCAAGUGAAGCGACCCGGUGAUCGCAAUGUGCGUUGCACCAUCUUGUUGCUGCUGGAUUAUCAGCCGUUGCAGUUUAAACUGGAUCCACGACUCGCCCGAUUGCUGGGCGUACAUACGCAAACACGACCGGUGAUUAUAUCGGCGCUGUGGCAAUAUAUUAAGACGCACAAGCUGCAGGAUGCACAUGAACGCGAGUACAUCAAUUGUGACAAGUAUUUGGAGCAGAUCUUCAGUUGUCAGCGCAUGAAGUUCGCCGAGAUACCACAGAGACUCAAUCCGCUGUUGCAUCCCCCGGAUCCGAUUGUUAUCAAUCAUUUCAUCGAGAGUGGGGCGGAGAAUAAACAAACGGCGUGCUAUGACAUCGAUGUGGAGGUCGAUGAUACGUUGAAGACACAGAUGAGCAACUUUCUGUCCAGCACGGCGAGUCAACAGGAGAUUCAGGGUCUUGAUAUGAAGAUACACGAGACGGUGGAUACCAUUAAUCAGAUGAAAACGAACCGCGAAUUCUUUCUCAGCUUUGCCAAGGAUCCGCAAAUGUUUAUCCAUCGCUGGAUCAUCAGUCAGACUAGGGAUUUGAAACUUAUGACCGAUGUGGUUGGCAAUCCCGAGGAGGAGCGACGUGCCGAGUUCUAUUAUCAGCCGUGGACACAUGAGGCGGUGUCGCGCUACUUCUUCACCAAGGUUAAUCAGAAGCGCGCCGAGUUGGAGCAGGCGCUGGGCAUACGCAACGGCUAAACGGAAAAAAAGCAAAUGCUGAGGGAGUUUACCUCUUUUUUAGUCAGUUGUGCGCACGGCAAAACUCUUAUUUCCUUCCUUCGGCAGUAUAGUUUAAGGCUACCCAACAUGCUCUAUAUAUACAUAAUUAUAUAAUUUUUUUUGCCAAUAACACGAGCAAAACCAACAAACAACAUCAACAUACAAACAACAUUCACCCAAGACACAACCACAUCAACAUUAGCAACAAAACAAACUACAACAAAAAGCAGUCUCAGCUCCAGCUGCUAGAAAUAAUAAAAAAUCAUCAUUAAUACACAUAA